CUGCACGACCUUCUGUACAAUCGCUACCAACGCCGUGGCCGAGCAGCUUGCACACGACGAAUCACGACGUGCGAGUAUAGCACGGCACCGCAUUCACUCUGUUGGAAACUGACCGCCUUCGACGUGGCGCGCUGCAUUUGCUAAGGCAGCCUAGUGGGGUUGUUCGACUCGCGAGCCGUCUGCGUCAUCCAGCCGCUCAGACGCACGUCCCAUCGCAAGUGGAUCGCGCUUGCAGAGCUUCUCGGCGGAUCACAACCAUCAGCCCUCACGGCGUGCAGCCUCGACCUUGCAUCGACAGCGCCUCAACACCACCGCUCGCGACCUUUGCUGUUGCUCCUGGCCGUUGCGCUCGGCCUACAGGGUUUCUCCAGCCUUCCGCAAGCUUAUCUGCGCGCUCGUCAAAGUUUGGGAUCGUGCAGCGCUGCGCUCCGUCCCUGGUCGCAGAGCUAUUAUCCACAUCGACCUAUCCCAAGUGCGCGCACGCGCGAGGGCGAAUUCCCAGGGCACGUCGCUGCUGUCCACUGCCAAUACGCGCCAGUCCCCGAGUAUCUCCAUCGACUCGCCGCCACCGGCGCGCACCUCGAGACACUUGCGCCAGAUACAGCGUUUGCUGUGCGACAGGCCCGUACCGACUCUGCGUGCUCCAUGCCAGGUAGCGGGAUGUGAUGCUGGCCGUGUCGCAUCGGAGCUUUGAAGCAUUAUCUACAUUACACGCCGGUCUGGACAUGGAAGACUCGGGCACCAUCAAUCCAGCAGCUUUGAAUGCGCCCAACGCCACGAGCACCUCCAACCUCUUGACGACAGCGAGCCCACGCGGGCAGAAGCGUAGUCGAACACCUGAUUCGUACGGCACACCCGGAGUGAAACAAGAAGGUGAUGACGCCAAGACCAACAAGAUACGGAAACUGAAGUCGGAACAAAGUCCUGCACCAUCGCCCAACAUGUCGAUGGCCGUCGGUCAUCAGCCGGUGCAAACGCCUCACAUGAGGACGUCGUCGUUAUCGCACGCAUCUCCAACUCAGGCGUCGCCAACCAGAUCCACCCCAGGCUCGAUAUCAAAGCCUCCUGUGGUCAAGGCCCUGCCCACUGUUAGAGACCACACGACAGAUCAGCUUGGCCCAGAGGGUGACGAGUACAUACCACGAGAAAUUGAUGAGGCCGGUGAAACCAAAGUGUCCAAGGACGGGUACCCUCUAGGAGAGCGCAAGUACAGAUGUCGGACGUUCAACGUUCCCAACCGAGGGGAGAAGCUUUUUAUGCUGGCCACCGAAUGCGCUCGCGUGCUUGGAUACCGCGACUCAUACUUGCUAUUCAACAAGAACAGGUCACUCUACAAGAUUAUUGCAAACCAAGCAGAGAAGGACAACCUGAUCCAUCAGGAGAUUUUGCCCUACUCCUACAGGUCACGGCAAAUCGCCAUCGUCACAGCUCGGUCCAUGUUCAGGCAGUUUGGUAGCCGUUUGAUCGAAGGUGGCCGCCGCGUUCGUGACGACUACUGGGAAGCCAAGGCUAGGAAACAAGGUUUCACAGAGGACGACCCAGCUGGAGAGAAACGCCCAGGAGCCGCUCGGGCUCGAGAACAGGCUGCAGCAGAAGCAGCUGCAAGUCACGCCAAUGCCCUCAAUGCUCUUCCUCAAGGGGAAAUCAUCUACAGCAAUGCCAGCAUGGAAGCUGGACCGCCAGGUCUCGGACAGGUAUCGCUGGCGCCACUGCCCAUGAUUCACCUACCGAGCGAGGACCUCAGACCAAGUGCAUCUGGUGGCAUUCUUCGUCCUAGGCAGGAAGUUAUAGGGCCAGCUUACGUGGAUAUCACCAGAUCGAGCGCACCGGCAGAGAUCAUGACGCAAGCCGUGGGCGCAGCGGAUUUCAAUAAGCAAUUGGCCGCGCAACGCCAACACAGGUCGUCUUAUCUGACGAAUUACUGGGAGCGGCCCCACGAGCAGCAGACGACAGAGGCUCAGACCGAGCAAGCUGGAGCAAGCACCGUGGCACCGCAAAAUCUACAAAGCCCACAAUCGGUGGCGCAGCAGCGGCAGGACAUCCCUCAGGCAUAUUCGGCUUACCAGAACCAGCAGAAUGCAAUGCCUUCUCCUGUUCAAACUAUGCAUCGAGGUGCACCUGGUCAAAUUCAUCAUGGCUCGCCUUCCAUGGCUGUCGGAGCUCAACACAGGCAGACUCCGUCUUACCCCGGCUACCCAUCGAACCAGAUGUGGCCUCCUCCUCAGCCGCAACCCUCGCCGCUGGGGCAAUCACACAUGUCUGGCUAUGGUCAACAGCCGCAACAGCAGCAUCACUCGCAAAUGCCGCCGCCGCAGAUGCCGGGCCAAAACAUGAGUUAUGCCCAACAGCUCGGCCAGAUGAACUCUGCUUAUGCAGGCAUGAACCGAAGCAUGUAUCAGCCGAACCCGAGCCAGUAUAUGGGAGCUCAGACACAAUCUGGGCCAGGCCAACAACCAGGCAUGCAAGGCUGGUCCACUCCUGGUAACAGUAUGCCCCAGAACUACGGUUACCAAUGAAACCUCCUGACCCGAAAAUGUUCGAUGUGACCUUAAACCCGACAACUCGGUCAGGACGAAAAUACAACAUAUCUUCACACUUCUUGUAGAUCCUUGCACCGCUCGAGGCUUAACCAGUCAAGCCAGCAUUAUUUAUCCCUGGGGCGGCGUUGGCGCUACUUCUACCACUGCAUCACGGUUGUGCAACCACAUCAUCAUAUGGCGUUGCUAGGAUGGCCGCUCGCGGUCCCCUCCGCUCAAAUCACAUCGUUCGAAAGAGCAACCAUCCGCAUCAUCAAACAGCUACCAGAACGACACUUCCAGCUUCCUGCUGCUGUGCACUUCGAAAUCGAGGGCUUACUGCUACUGCAUCACCUCCUUUCUGCACUCCUGCAUGAGCCAUUUGAUUUCCACGGCGAACGAGGACCAUUCAGCAUGCAUCAUCACCAUCAUCACCCCCAACCUGCAUUAAUAAUGGCAUAGCGGACUGGAAACUUCUUUCUUGUGGCUGCUUCUGCUUCUUUCUACUUGUUUGGUUCCAAAGUGGUGACGAUACCCAGAUUGCUUUUUUGAAACUUCUUUUCGCUUCGCCUUUGAUUUUCUUAUUCGCGUUCCGGAUCAUUGCAUAGACUUAUCAUCAGUAUGGAUUGGAUGAAUGGGAUGGAUGGGCUGUGCGAAUGCGAUGCGAUGCGAAUGCGGUGUGCUGGGUUACGGUUAGACAGACGUAGUGGUAUGCCAGA